ACGCGCAGCCAUCGGGAGAGCCAGCGCCCGAGCGCAGAAGCGCCCGCCAUGAGGGAGAUCGUGCAUAUCCAGGCGGGCCAGUGCGGGAACCAGAUCGGUACCAAGUUUUGGGAAGUGAUCAGCGAUGAGCACGGCAUCGACCCGGCCGGAGGCUACGUGGGCGACUCAGCGCUGCAGCUGGAGAGGAUCAGCGUGUACUACAAUGAGUCAUCCUCUCAGAAGUAUGUACCCAGGGCUGCCCUGGUGGAUUUGGAGCCGGGCACCAUGGACAGUGUGAGGUCUGGGCCUUUUGGGCAGCUCUUCCGGCCGGACAACUUUAUCUUCGGACAGACGGGCGCCGGGAACAACUGGGCCAAGGGCCACUACACGGAGGGCGCGGAGCUGGUGGACUCGGUGCUGGACGUGGUGCGCAAGGAAUGUGAGCACUGCGACUGCCUGCAGGGCUUCCAGCUGACGCACUCGCUGGGCGGCGGCACGGGCUCGGGCAUGGGCACGCUGCUCAUCAGCAAGAUCCGAGAGGAGUACCCGGACCGCAUCAUGAACACCUUCAGCGUCAUGCCGUCGCCCAAGGUCUCGGACACCGUGGUGGAGCCCUACAACGCCACGCUGUCGGUGCACCAGCUGGUGGAGAACACGGACGAGACCUACUGCAUCGACAACGAGGCCCUCUACGACAUCUGCUUCCGCACGCUCAAGCUGACCACGCCCACCUACGGGGACCUCAACCACCUGGUGUCGGCCACCAUGAGCGGCGUCACCACGUCGCUGCGCUUCCCGGGCCAGCUCAACGCCGACCUGCGCAAGCUGGCCGUCAACAUGGUGCCCUUCCCGCGCCUGCACUUCUUCAUGCCCGGCUUCGCGCCCCUCACCGCCCGGGGCAGCCAGCAGUACCGGGCGCUCACGGUGCCGGAGCUCACCCAGCAGAUGUUCGACUCCAAGAACAUGAUGGCCGCCUGCGACCCGCGCCACGGCCGCUACCUGACCGUGGCCACGGUCUUCCGGGGCCCCAUGUCCAUGAAGGAGGUGGAUGAGCAGAUGCUGGCCAUCCAGAACAAGAACAGCAGCUACUUCGUGGAGUGGAUCCCCAACAACGUCAAGGUGGCCGUGUGUGACAUCCCGCCGCGCGGCCUCAAGAUGGCCUCCACCUUCAUCGGCAACAGCACGGCCAUCCAGGAGCUGUUCAAGCGCAUCUCCGAGCAGUUUUCGGCCAUGUUCCGCCGCAAGGCCUUCCUGCACUGGUUCACCGGUGAGGGCAUGGAUGAGAUGGAGUUCACCGAGGCCGAGAGCAACAUGAACGACCUGGUGUCUGAGUACCAGCAGUACCAGGACGCCACGGUCAACGACGGGGAAGAGGCUUUUGAAGAUGAGGAUGAAGAAGAGAUCAACGAAUAGGGGGCCUCCGGACGCCACCGGGCACGCCUGCUCUUUCCUCAGCUCUGGUGGUGUGGGAAUGGUGUCGUGGUCUAAGCUUGUCACAGGCCCCUCUCAAACCAAACACGCCGUACUGUUCCCCAGGUUACCUGGACCGGAGAGCUUUCCUUUACCGGAGAAUUGGCAGUCCCCGCAGAUGAGGGAGAUUUGUACAGGACCACUGAAAGCAAAGUAGGGGGCCGUACCGGGCUGAAGGAAGUGACCAAGUGCCCAGCCAUCAGAGCUAGCAGGGAGGUUAGAAUAAGGGUUUGUUUCUCAUCUUUGGUGAUAAAAACUAGAGCCGCAGUGUUGCCUUAAAUUGAAUACACGAUAUGGAACUUUAUGACAAUCCAUUCAUAAUAAAAUGCUAAACCUG